GACUCACAAAGUAAACCUCAACCAUCAUCACAUCCUCUCCCAACGAAACAUGCCCAAGUUCUUCUCCUCCAUCUCACCAGAAAUCAGCGACUGGGCGCUGCGUCAGAGCGUCUUCUUCGUCGCCUCUGCCCCUCUUGCCGGCCGUCAUGUGAACCUAUCCCCUAAAGGUCUUCCCGACUCCUCUUUUGCUAUUCUUGGUCCCAACGAGGCGGCCUACGUCGACGCUACUGGAUCCGGCAGCGAGACUAUCUGUCAUUUGCGGGAGAAUGGCCGGAUUACCGUUAUGUUUUGCUCAUUUGAAGCCGCGCCCCGCAUCUUACGGCUCUUUUGCACUGGCUCCGUAAUUGAAUGGCAUCAGCCGGAGUUUCCCCGCUACUUGGAACGAAUGGGAGGGAAAAAGGUGGUGGGAGCACGCGCCAUCAUUCGUCUGGAUGUUUUCAAGGUUCAAACAGCGUGUGGAUACGGGGUUCCGCAGCUGGCGCUGGAAAUCGACCCGGAAUCCCGCCAACCCAAACCGUACCUCAAAGACCGCGAAACCAUGGGUCAUUGGGCUCGCGGCAAGGUCGACAAGAACCAGCUACGGGCCUACCAACAACAAUGCAAUAGCCAGGGUCUGGAUGGACUGCCAGGUUUGCAGUCUGCGCAAAAGGAUAACGGGCAAUUGGUAUGGCUGGGGCAAUUGCAGAAUAUGGCUCGUCGACAUCGUGAGGCAAUCGAGAUGGUCAAGACGUCAAUUCUGCUCCUGUUUGUCGUGAUGGCCAUUUUACAGUGGGCUGGGUAUUAUAAUGUGACGAAUGCGAUGAGUGAGCUGAAUAUUGCAAAGUCUAGGGUUUCUGAACUGCUUUGAGUUCUCGACGAUACAGUAGCAGCGCUGGACGGUGUUUGCUAUCUCACCACUGUUUACUGGAAAGAAAUAGUAUCCGAGAUCUCUGAGUAGAUCAAGAUAGACAGCUGCGGAAUUUCAAUCCGCACAACCCGCACAUGCUCGAGGAUCCAGCAUUGUGCUAAUCGCAUUCAUACCCCUAUCCCGACUGACUUUGGUUGGUCCGAAUAAGAUAUCUUAUGGAACACUGACUUGAAAAUAUCUGUUUCCCAUAUUCUAUACCUAAUAUUUCAAUUGAAGAUUAACUUGUUAUAAACAAAAAAGCCACUUGAAGGCGUAUAGAUGCAGAUGGCACUUUGUCACAAUGAAUUAGUGGCCUGAGGCAGCAACAUCAUCAAAAGUGGUGUCAUCCAUGCAACGAUCAAUUUUUUGUCGAUCCAAAAUCAAUAACUUUGAG